AACUGGGCGUCUCUGUCACAUUCAUCUGUUCAUGUUAAACGUGACCAGGAAAGAAACACUAAAACUCAUCUGAACACACAUCGAGAGCUUCAGAAGAACUGAAUCCACUAACAACAGAGAAGAUCACUGAAGAAGAGAGAAGAAUGAAGAUCAUCUGGACUUUCACUCUGCUGAUGAUUCCUGGUGUGUUGAGCUCCAUCAGUGUGACAGGAUAUUCAGGAGGAGGAGUCAGCAUCACAUGCAGAUAUGAGGAAAAAUAUAAGAAAAAUGAGAAGUAUUUUUGUAAAGGAGAGUGGUCCUCAUGUACUGAUCUCAUAAAAACUAAUAAAAAAAAUAAAUGGGUGAAUGCUGGAAGAUUCUCUCUGUAUGACGACACAAGAGCAGCAGUUUUCACUGUGACCAUCAGAGAUCUGAGAGAACAGGAUUCUGACAUUUACUACUGUGGGACUGAAAGAACUGGACUCGAUCCCAAAACUGAAGUGAAUCUGAAUGUUAUAACAGCUGAUUGUUGUCAGAAGAGCAUCAGUCUCUCCGCUGCUGCAGGAGCAUCUGUGAACAUCAGCUGCAGAUACCCACAAUCCCACAGGGCUGAUGUGAAGUUUGUCUGCAGGAGAUCUGGAUCUGAUCUCUGUGCUGAAGAGACGUCUGUGAAGGAGAGCAGAAGAUGGAGCGCUGAGGGACAGAUGCAGCUGUAUGAUGACAGAGAGCAGCAGCUCCUGACGGGAAUCAUCAGUCAUGUGACUCAACAACAUUCAGCUGAAUACUGGUGUGGAGUUCAGUCUGAUGGAGGACACAAGAGCUUCAUCACACGAGUCCUCAUCAGUGUCACUGAUGUUCAGAAAACGACAUCAUCAUCAUCAUCAUCUGCUUCUGUUUUCAAAACUUCUACAUCUACCAUCAUAUCAGAGUCUCCUAAACCGUUAAAAGGUUUAUAUCUGAUCAUCUCUCUGGCUCUGGUUCUUCUGGUUCUGAUCAUCCUUGGUGUCUUGUUACUGUUUUUUUAUAAGAAGCAUCAGUCUCGAGCAGGCGGUGAUUCAUCAUCUCAGACUGGAGCAGAAAAACAUGAAGUGGUUUCUUACACUGGUUGUGAUUAUGAGGAGAUUAAACACACUCUCAAACAGUUACCCACAAACCCCUCUGUUUCUCGUGACACUGUUUAUGCCACAGCUCAGUUACCCACAAACCCCUCUGUUUCUCCUGACUGUGUUUAUGCUACAGUUCAGAAAGACACUGGUGACUCUCAGAUCUUCAUCACAUCUGCUGAGGAUCUGAAUUACUCCGUGGUGAAUUUCCAGAAGAAUCCGAACUGUCCUAAAGGGGUCAGAUUGAGGAAUAAUCAGGAUUACAGUGAAUACGCUGCUGUCAAUCAUCUCACUGACUGAUGAGCCUGAUGGCACCAUAUGAGCUUCAAUCUAGAAUGUCUGAACCUUUCUUGUAUAAAAUGUCUCGUUAUUAUCUGCAGUCAGAGCAAUGUAAAUAUAAGAGUAUGAACUAUUUGUGCGACAUGCAUGUGAAAUAUGAGGAAGCUAUAGCGAACUGUUUAAUCAUAAUGAAAAACCAUUAGCGGU